CAAAUAUUAAUGACAUUGAUUGACUGAUGAUUUUGAUGUUAAACAAAAAAACAAAUACUGAAAAUUGAAAGUUUAAGUAAAGAAAUUUAAAUCCUUAUCUUAUCUAAUAAAUAACAUUAAUCAUGAAUCAAAUGAAUAUGCACGUGCCGAUGAACCCUGUAGGUGCAAAUCCUAAUGUUGGUAUGCAAAUGCCUGUUUCUGUUAUGCCAGUGCCUUCACCUCAACAAAUGCAGCCAGCAAUGCCUCAGCAGCCCCAACAGGACAAAAUGGAUAACAUAACUAAAGUUAAAACACUGAUGAGUUCUCUACGUGAAUCGCUACCCAUGACAUUAAAAUCUGCAGCCCAAAUUCUACAUCAAAAUUACAACAUUGAUUCUAAUACUCAAAAAGGUAUGGACAAUCCUGUACCGAGAUUUGAUAAAAACUUGGAAGAAUUCUUCUCUCUUUGUGAUCAAAUGGAACUCCAUCUGAGAACAGCAACAACGUGUAUACAACAAGCACAGUCUGCAGCCCAUUACCUUCCACUCACAGUUAUGCCAUCGAGAUUGGAUUCUGGACCUACUAGUCAGCAGGAAACAACUCUCAGCUACCCGCAGUAUUUAAACACAGUACGACUUCAAAUCUCGUACGCUAAAGAUAUCCACGACACGCUCGUAGCCGCCGCUCAAAACAUUUCGCCCGCUGAAUGACCAUAGACAAAUAAAACAACAACGGAAGGUGAAAAAUAUUUAUUGUAUAAUCUGUAUUUUUAAGACUACUUAUAAUCUAAUUAAAUACACGAAUAUUUUAAAUUUAA